AACCAGACUUUCUCCUUUUGCGGUGAUCAAAUAGAUCUCUCGCUUCCACUUUGUCUCGCUCUUCUUAUUCGUGUCUUAUAUAUAGUGUGGUGGUUUUGCAUUUUGCUUGAAUUUCGUGUGUUUGUGUUGUCGUUUUUGUUUGCGUUGUUAUAAAGCUGCAUGUGGAUCUUUAAGAUCUCUCUAUUUUGCUUCUGAAAUUUUUUCAGAUCUCUUCUCAUCUUUCUAAAGGACUCUCUGUUGCUUUAGAGGACAGUUUUACAGGGGUUCAAUUUGUUUGUAAGUAAUGGCUGAAAGGCACCAACACCCAACUGUCAUGCAAAAGUUUGCUGGUCAGCUCCAUUUGAGCUCUUCCCUUAAUCUUGACAUGCAAAACCGCUAUGGUGGUGUUCAGAGGCCUGCUCUCCAUCAGAGGCGUUUUGCAUAUGGGAAUUUUUCCAAUGCCGGUUUGCAGUAUCCUAUGAUCCCCACAUGCGGAGCAGCCAGUGAUCUUUCACUGAUUACUUCAGCUACCUCACCUGUUUGUGUCUAUGCUCCUAAAGAAAAAGGAUUCAGUGGCUUUGUUGUCGAUUUUCUAAUGGGUGGAGUUUCAGCUGCUGUAUCCAAAACUGCUGCUGCUCCAAUCGAGCGUGUAAAACUCUUGAUCCAAAACCAGGAUGAGAUGAUCAAGGCUGGUAGGCUCUCUGAGCCUUACAAGGGAAUUGGAGAUUGUUUUAGCCGAACAAUAAAAGAUGAGGGAAUUGUAUCAUUGUGGAGAGGAAACACAGCUAAUGUCAUCCGUUAUUUCCCAACUCAGGCAUUGAACUUUGCAUUCAAAGAUUACUUCAAGAGGCUGUUCAACUUCAGGAAAGACAGGGAUGGCUACUGGAAAUGGUUUGCAGGUAACUUGGCAUCUGGUGGUGCAGCUGGUGCCUCUUCUUUACUCUUUGUUUAUUCUUUGGAUUAUGCAAGAACCCGUCUUGCCAAUGAUGCCAAGGCUGCAAAGAAGGGAGGAGAGAGGCAAUUCAACGGCUUGGUUGAUGUCUACAGAAAGACUUUCAAGUCAGAUGGUAUUGCUGGCCUUUACCGUGGGUUCAACAUCUCUUGUGUUGGUAUCAUUGUCUACCGUGGCUUGUACUUUGGAAUGUACGAUUCUUUGAAGCCUGUCAUCCUAACCGGAAAAUUGCAGGAUAGUUUCUUUGCUAGCUUUGCUCUUGGUUGGGUUAUCACCAACGGUGCUGGUUUAGCAUCAUACCCAAUUGACACUGUCAGGAGAAGAAUGAUGAUGACGUCUGGUGAAGCCGUCAAGUACAAGAGCUCGCUUGACGCGUUCACACAAAUCCUUAAGAAUGAGGGAGCCAAAUCUCUGUUUAAGGGAGCUGGUGCAAACAUCCUUCGUGCCGUUGCGGGUGCUGGUGUGCUUGCCGGUUAUGACAAGCUUCAGGUGCUUGUGCUCGGAAAGAAGUAUGGUUCUGGUGGAGCUUAAAUGAAAUUAAAGGGACAUAGCAAGCAGCCCCAUUUAGCUAUAGAUGGUGAUGAAAAUGUUUUUGAUAUCAUUUCAAGAUUUUUUUUCUGGCAAAAUUUUUUCUUACUCAAAUAACCUUAUAGCUUAGAGGAGGAGGAGGAUUAUCUCCUAAUUGUUUCGUUUUUGAAGGAUUUUUGUUUCUAUAAUUAUUGAUUAUAAGAGCGGUUAAGAGCUCACUUUAUUGGUUUCAA